AUGGGAAGACCUAGAUUAUGUCGAGUCCAUGAUCUGAUGCAUGAGAUUAUCCUUAGAAAGGCUGAAUAUUUGGGCUUCUUUCAUUUUGUGAACAGAGAACACUCAAAUCUCUCUAGCAAAAUUCGGCACAUUUCAAUACAAGAAAGUACUGAUAGUGCUCUUGAGAGCAUUAAGUACUCAAAGAUACAUUCUGUUUCUCAUUUCAAUGUUGAUAGUUUGCUUAACUCUUUCAUGACUACACUUGUUGUGGAUUUCAAACUUGUAAAAGUACUUGAUUUUGAAGAUAGUCUUAUAAAGUAUCUUGCUGAAGGAGUGGGAAACCUCUUCCAUUUGCACUACUUAAGUGUGAAAAAUACGAAAGUAAAAGUACUUCCCAAGUCCAUCGGUAAGCUUCUCAACUUGGAGAACUUGAAUUUGAAGCGUUCUCUUAUCACUAAGCUUCAUGUUGAGAUCAAGAAUCUUAAGAAAUUGCGUUAUCUAUUGACGUACCAUUCGGACAAUGGUUGGUAUUAUGGAAUGGUAAAAAUACCUACGGGGUUUGGUCCUUUAUUGGAUCUACAGAGGCUAGGUUAUGUGGAAGCUAACUUCGAAGUACUCAAAGAGCUUACAAAGCUAAGGCAUCUAAGAAAGUUCGCAAUUUGGAUCACAUAUGGAAACGAGAAGGAUAUAUGUGCUUGCAUCGGAAAUUUGGAAAAACUUAUAUCUCUGACUAUACUAAUAAGUAGAGAAGAAAUUCUUAAUAUAGAAUCGAUGACUUCUCCUCCUCAUGGUCUUCAGCGCCUUCGGUUAACAGGAAAUAUGAAGAAGCUGCUAGAUUGGAUUUUUAAACUUGAACAUCUUGUCAGAAUUAGUUUGGAUUUGUCAGGAUUAAUUGAUGAUUACAUAAGAGUCCUUCAAGCUCUGCCUAAUUUAUUGGAACUUAGGCUACGUGACACAUAUCUUGAUGAGCAAUUACAUUUCAAAGAUGAUUGGUUUCCAAAACUAAAAGUUUUGGUCCUCAGUAGCUUUGAAGGAGUGGAAUUGAUGAUUAUAGACAAAGGUGCGAUGCCUAACCUUGAAAAAUUACGUAUUGGACCAUGCCCUCUAUUGAAAGAGAUUCCAAUUGGAAUUGAACAUCUAAGAAACCUAAGUUUUAUCUUAUGUUGGAAGAAAUUUAUUAUAUGA